GCCGACAAACGCGACCUUAAACCCAUUUCAAACUGAAGGAACAGUGCAGAGAGAAGAGAGCUUUAACGUAACUUCUAACCGGAGGAAGAGGCAGGCAGAUUCUGAACGGGAAGAAUAUGUUUUGAGCGGCAACAUCUAUCUGCAUCUGCUGAAGCUGACACGGACAAGGAAUUAAUGAUAAGCGCAGUUCGCAGGAGACGCGGCCGACAAUCAAAGCUUUGAUAUCAACCGCAAGGAAGAUUUACUUUGCAUUAUUGGGGGGCAGAAUCAAUUUAAAUCCUCGCCUCUGCCAGAGUUCCCCCGUGGGUCUAUCCACACACCUCUCCCAUUUUCCCUUUUGCAACCACAUGGAAUAAUGAGGAGCGCGGCUUUCCUGCUCGGUCUCUUGCUCCUCUGCUCCGGAUUCCAGCCCACUUCCCCGGACCGCCAGCGGCAGCAGCGCCGAGGAGGACCGGCCAGAGCGGCGGAGGGGCGCCCGCAGAGCAAAGCGGCCAAGGUUGGACAGACCUACAGCUCGCGUCUCAAGCGCAAGGGGCUGGCGGUGGACUUCACCUUCUCGCCCUUCUUCCGCAACUACCUGUUACAGUUCUUCGGCAGGGCGAGGAACGCCGACUGCCGCCUGGAACUGGACUGCGAGGCGCUGAGAUCCUCCCUGGAGGGAUACCCCCGAGCCUGGGGCGACAGCGUCCCGGACUCGCCCUCACCCCCUCCCUCGCCAGUGUCCAAGCGGAGGUCGAAGAAGCAGCCCAACCAGGUGGUGCUGGAGGUGGGCUGGGCAGACACCGUCCGCUGCGGGCGCGACGCCGACCCUGCUUCUACCCUGAUGGUAUACAACUUGACGGAAGUCUUCCUGCGCUGGUCCGUCUCGACCGAGGGUAGGCUGAGGAUCAGACUCAUGCCGGAGAGGAAAGCGGUAGCCAGUUACCCCAGGAGAGAGGAGAUAAUCUCAGCCGCCAUCAGAGGCUCCGAGCCGCGAGUCUGGCUUCGGGUCUCCUUUGCAGCUUCUGGGGCUCCACAAUUAGAAGAAAACAGUGAGAUUGCAAAUAAUGAACUGACUACUUGGAAUUUUACAUGGCUGUUAAAGGAUGAGACACCUUUGUCUACAUAUCAAAGGCCACAUGAGUUCUACUGUGAUUUUGAGACAGAGUGCGAGUUGGAGUAUUCCUCUGAUGGUGACAAUGGAUUGGCAGGUUGGGUGACUUUGACACCUCAUGAUCUUACCCUGAUCACUGAUACUGCUGUACCAGAUCACGAUUACUCGGAGAAGUCAAGUGAAGGACACUUUCUUUUUCUGAACGCAUCGGGGUUUACAACUUACACGUUAUUGAGUCCAUGGCUGAGGAGCACCAGUGAGUCCUGCACCUUGAGCAUAGCUGUUUACCUGCAGGCUUCAAGGUCAGGGGACUUUGUCGUUCAACUCCUUGAUGGGAAUGAAAGCAAGACUCCUCUCCUGUCAACAGAGAAUGUGGCAAGAACUGGGAACAGCUGGACACUGCUUCAGGGGAGAGUGGGACGCUUGGAAGAUGGUUUCAGGAUCUCCUUGGAAUAUAAAGGAAACAGUCGAAGAAGCUGGGAGGUAACGGCUUUGGACUCAGUUACCCUGAAAAACUGCCAUGAAGGUCCUCUGACAGGUUCUAGGACAACACUCGAGGGAACGUUCAGCUGUUGGAAUGGGGCAGCUAUUAAACUAAGGCAGCUCUGUGAUUUCAGCAUGGACUGCAGCAAAGCUGAAGACGAAGGAGCAGUGUGCAGUAACCUGCCAGUUGGCUCUCACUGUUCCUUCGAAGAAGGCGAUUGUGGGUGGUUGUCAAUUACAUCGGUGAUGUAUGAACCAACAUGGAGAGUGAAAGAAAGUCAUUCUAACGUUGAAGAAUUGGGGAGAAAAUCAUGUAGUUCAGAAGGUCACUUUCUGUUCCUCAACACCAAAGAGACCCAGACAACGGACUUCAAUGAGUUGAGAAGUAUGAUUUUCCCAUCUCCUAUUAGGAAUGCUCCCUGUGAGGCAAGUACAUUGCUUCUAUUUUACUUAAAGUUUUACAUAGAAGAAUCACCCUAA